AUGCGAUCUCAGUUCUUAUCUCUGGCCCUGCUGGCUAGUUUUUCUACCUCGACUGUCGCGCAUGAAGAAUCCACCAAGAAUGCAAACCAUAUAUUCAACGCCAUCCACUCGUCGAUGCGCCAGUGGGGCUCGUCGCUGUACCACAACGGCAUGUCUUUCUUCCUGGCCUCCGUCCCGGCCGGAACACAGUUGUACCAUGGUGGUAUGAGUCCUGACCAUGUGAUUGGGAUAGAGUGGCUGGCGUUUGAACCGGAACAUGCGAUGUUGUUUGCACGGAUGCCCCCGAUGGGCUCUCAACCUGGUAUUCCUCCUGGGCGGGGUGGACAUAAGGGAGGACGACCAGGUCGUGGUGGCCCUGGAGGACCUGGAGGGCAGAAGCCAUUGUCGCUCGAGCCGCCGGAGGACGGGGAGCCGAAGAAGAGUGGCUGGUUACAGACGUAUGUGCCGGUUAGGGACCUACGACUGUUGUAUAUUGAUGGCAUGUCCGCUGGAAAAACGAGCAAUGGGACUCUUGACUCGCAGAACCGGGUUCUGUUUAACGAUACGGUCCACGAUGACCGGAUUAUGAACGAGUUCGAGCGCGCGAAGGAUUUUUGCCGUUUGUCUCGCGAAGUAUGGGACGAUCGAUUGGACGGGGUGCUCCGCAUGGAGGCCGGUUUUGAGAUCAUCCUCUGCUCAUUCGAACGCGAUCUACACCUGCUGCGUGAGGUUGAGGUCCAGGCAAACAAGGGCGGUAUUCCACGUCAUUUGCCACGGCCGGGUAAGGAUCAUAACAAAACGAUGCAUGAAAUCAUCCCUGAUGCUGGGCCGUGGAUGAAGGCUAUCACGGCACGGUAUCAUGGUAUUGGGGGAAACAGGGUGAAACUUAACUACGAUCACUUUGUCACGGCGUACACCUACGACCUGGAUAUAUUCGGUGGCGCGAGCAAGCCGCUUCGACCACGUUUGAACCAUAUCGAUUCCACGAAGUUGGAGCCUGUCCGGCAGGAUCUUAAGGCUUUGAUUAUGGGUCAUGACACGGACGAGUCCUCGUUCGAUUGGCAAUCCGUCACGGACAUGGUGGUUGAGAGAUACGCUCGUACGCUGAAGAGUCUUGUCUCUGCAGAUAUUACGACAAACACAAAACAAUUGCAUGACAACCUCAAGAAGGUGUUGGAUCCAUUCUUCGACUUUGGCGGGCGAAACAUCACCGUCGAGGCAGAGCGUUGCGCAACCCAGUUCAUCCCCUUUACGGCCCCAACCCAAGGCAUAGCCGCUCGUGCCGUGCGCUCCAUUGCAGACAGUAUCUGCUUCACAUUAUUGGAGGCGUUCGAGCAACCGGAGUACGAGACGGCUGUCAGCAAGAUCCAGGACCUGGUUGAGUACCUCGCCUGGACAACCUGGAAAGAGUGUCAGGGCUGUGCGUAUAACGAAAUCUGCGUUAUACCUGUCUGGCCGAUGGGCAUCAUUGAAGAUUGGGAGAACCCGCCAUGUCGCGACGUCAGGAACCCUCAGGGUAGUGGGGUGGAGUAUUGGGGGUGGGACUUUAUCCCGGGGCCGACGGAACUUGAUGAUUCAUGA